AGUGACAUUAUGGGCCACCGGGAGAAGACGGCGGUCCUGAGUGAGCUGGUGAAGAAACAGGAACUGCAACUCAUCCAUUGCUGGAGGGAGAGAUGCCAUCAGAAUGUUCGUCACCUCAUAACAGAGGCAGGGGGCAGUGCCGAAGACGCAGCAAUGGGAGGAGGACAUCAUCAGGCUGGUCCAGCACAGGGAGGAGAUGAAGGUGAAGCUGCUGGCGCUGCGGGAGAUGCGGUUGUGGCUUGUGCUGACCGCCACAACAAGCACAGCAAAUUCCUGGCCGCUGCCCAGAACCCGGCUCAUGAGCCCAGUCCAGGAGCCCCACCCCCCCAGGAGCUUGGGGCUGCCGACCAGCAUGGUGAGCUUUGUGAGGUGAGCCUCACCCACAGCGCGGAGCCUGCGCAAAGAGAGGCCAAGGAGGGUUCUCCCAGCGACGACCCUACUGCACAGCCCAUCGUGCAGGACCACCAGGAGCACCCAGGCUUGGGCCGCAACCGCUCUGUGCCAUUCUUCUGCUGGGCUCGGCUGUGGAGAAGAAGGAGAUAA